UUCAUCGUGGGACCGGUGAAGUGCUUAGCUGAACUUUAUCAGGUUUUGCAUCAAUUAUUAACGGAGGAGGAGGAGGAGAAGAAAGAAAGAAAGAAAGAAGUAGAGCUCACAGUAGACCAAAUUAAUGGAGUUCUUUUCUCCUCGUCCAGAUCUUUCACUUCAAAUCAGCCCCCCAAACGCCUCCAUAUCAGGUUGGAGGAAGCAUGAUGACACCAUGGAAUUAGGGUUUACGAGGAAGCUCCCUCUCGACUCCACCACCGCCGCCGUCGCCACCACCACCAUCGGUGCCUCUAACCUUAACGCCGUCGGCACCACCGUGAGCCAUAUUUCUAACACCUCGCACCACCGCCAUCACUACCUUUACUUCCACCACCCCCAGCCACACGUUACUUGUGAGAUGGCGGUGCCUCUGAUGGGGAUUCCAAUCUAUCACCACCCGCCUUCUUCUUCUUCUUCUUCUUCUUCUUCUUCCUCUUCCUUGAUCGGGCUCGCGGCGAACCAAGGACAGCUGCGGCCGAGAUACUCGAGGUUGGCGUCGAGGCGGAGCAUGAGAGCACCGAGGAUGCGGUGGACUUCGACGCUGCACGCACGGUUCGUCCACGCGGUGGAGCUUCUGGGAGGCCACGAGAGGGCCACUCCCAAGUCGGUUCUUGAGCUCAUGGACGUGAAGGAUCUCACUUUGGCUCAUGUGAAAUCUCACUUGCAGAUGUACAGAACUGUGAAGAACACUGACAAGCCAGAAGCUCCUUCAGUUCCAUCUGAUGGAUCAUCUGAAAUUUUAUCAAUAGGAGAGAAUUCUGAUGAUAACGAUCAUGCUGGUGACAUGUGGAGCAAUGCUGUUCCUCCAAGGAAAAGCUGCUGCAAUGGCAUGACAAGUAGUUCCACUGCAGGGAAGAACAUGAAGUCUUAUAUGGAUCACAUGGAAACGACGAAAAAGUUGGAAAUGCUUUCAGAAUUGGAUUCAUCAAGCCUUUCGCAGACAAUGAACCUAAACAAGCUGAACCUUGAGAUCACAUUGGGGAGGCCACACUGAACACACACACACAUAUAUAUAGGGCCUUGCUUGAAGAGGAGACGAAGGAGGAAGAAGUUAUCUAGAAAAGAUUUUAGAUUCAUGCACGCAUCUAUUUGUUAGAAAACCUAGCUAGGAUGAUCUCUAAAGAUUAUAUUUCUAUUUCAAAACCAUUUAAUACUCGCAUGUGUUAUUAAUUAUUUCCUUUCUCUAUAUAGGUCCAUGUAACUAUAGCUGUUUUGAUUGUCAUCAGGAUGUAUAUCAACAUCUAAUUAGUGAUACAUGAAUUUAAAUUUAAUUUUGCAA